AUGGCUUUUACACCAAGAGGAGGCAGCAGAGGAGGCGACCGCGGUGGACGAGGUGGUUUCGGCAGCAGAGGUGGCGGUGAUCGAGGUGGACGAGGUGGAUUCAGCAGAGGUGGACGUGGUGGAGGAGAUCGAGGCGGGCGUGGAGGUGGACGUGGCGGCUUUGGCGACCGGGGCGGACGUGGCGGAGGCCGUGGCGCACCACGAGGCAGAGGAGCGCCGCGAGGUGGACGAGGCGGCCCAGGUGCCAAGGGCGGGCAGCGAGUCAUCAUCGAACCCCACAGACACGCCGGCGUCUUCGUCGCCCGCGGCAAAGAAGACCUCCUCGUGACCAAGAACAUGACGCCCGGCGAAGCCGUCUACGGCGAGAAACGCAUCAGCAUCGACACGCCCUCUGCCGUCUCCGGCGACGCCACAAACGGCGACACACCCAUCGCAACCAAAACCGAGUACCGCGUCUGGAACCCUUUCCGCUCCAAGUUGGCAGCUGGUAUCCUAGGAGGUCUGGAGGAGAUCCAUAUGAAGCCCGGCAGCAAGGUCCUCUACCUGGGUGCUGCUUCUGGAACUUCGGUAUCACACGUCAGCGAUAUUGUAGGACCAACAGGCACAGUCUUCGCAGUCGAGUUCUCGCACCGUUCCGGCCGCGAUCUGAUCAAUAUGGCCACCCACCGUACAAACGUCAUCCCCAUCGUCGAAGACGCCCGACACCCGCUCAAAUACCGCAUGCUAGUCCCCAUGGUCGACUGCAUCUUCGCCGAUGUGGCUCAACCCGAUCAAGCGCGUAUCGUUGGCCUGAACGCACAUCAAUUCUUGAAAGUCGGCGGCGGUGUCGUGGUCUCUAUCAAGGCAAACUGUAUCGAUUCGACUGCUGCUCCUGAGGCUGUCUUCGCGCGCGAGGUGACGAAGUUGAGGGAGGAGAGGAUCAAGCCGAAGGAACAGUUGACGCUGGAGCCUUUUGAGAGGGAUCACGCUAUUGUUGCAGGUAUCUACCAGAGGAGUACCUAA